UGGCGCUGACAUCACGGCCGGUGGCAGCGGAGCCCCGCGCCGCGCGGCUGCCAAAGCCAUUGUGCAUCGCAGCCGUCGGUGGCGCCCGCACAGCGUUCCGAUCGCGAUGGCCGCUUGGCUCUGACCCAUCCAAAUCUCCACCCGAGUGAUGCUGGAACCGGGCUCUGGGAGCGGCCACGAGGAUGCCUGAGGUGCUGAGCUCCUCCUGCCUGCUGCUCUCCCUGCUCACCCUGCACUGGGCUUGCCUCCAACCCGGCCGAGCUUUCCCCAGCAGCGCUGAGUACCUGCAGCGGGGCUGGCAGCGGCUGCUGGAGGAGGGUGAGGGCUGUGCCGAGUGCCGGCCAGAGGAGUGCCCGGUGCCGCGCGGCUGCCUGGCCGGCACGGUGCGGGACGCCUGUGACUGCUGCUGGGAGUGCGCCAACCUGGAGGGACAGAUCUGCGACCUGGACAACACCAACCACUUCUAUGGCAAAUGCGGGGAGCACCUGGAAUGCCAGCUGGAGGCUGGAGACCUGCAGCGUGGCGAGGUGCCUGAGCCCCAGUGUGCCUGCCUCUCGCACCAGGCGCUGUGCGGCUCCGACGGCCGCACCUACCCCCAGAUCUGCCGCUUCCUCGAGUCUGCCCGUGCCCACCCCGAUGCCAACCUCACCGUGGUCCAUGAGGGUCCCUGCGAGGCAGGUAAGCCUCAAAUCACCUCCCCUCCUUAUGAUGUGUGGAAUGUCACUGGCCAGGACGUCAUCUUUGGCUGCGAGGUCUUUGCCUACCCCAUGGCGUCCAUUGAGUGGAGGAAGGAUGGCACAGAGAUGCUGCUGCCAGGAGAUGACCCCCACAUCUCUGUCCAGUUCAGAGGUGGCCCCCAGAAGUACGAGGUGACUGGCUGGCUGCAGAUCCAGGGCGUGCGGGUGACAGAUGAGGGCACGUACCGCUGCUUCGCCAAGAACAGGGUCGGGGCUGUGAUGGCAGUGGCCAGCCUGACCGUCCUCACUCCGGACCAGCUCAACCUGACGGGCUUGUCCUUGCCGGAACCCCGUGCCGUGCCUGAGGACUACGUGGACAGCGAGGAGGAGUACUACUAGCCCAGCUGCGGAGCUUGGCACUGAGCAGCACUCGCCCCAUGGUGCUUUGGGGUCAGGGAUGGAUCCAGAGCACACACCCCAGCCCUGAACAACUCUCUGAACACCUCUGUUUUGGGCUGGAGACAGAGAAUCAGAGAAUGGCCUGGAUUGGAAGGGACCUCAAGGAUCAUGAAUCUCCAACCCCUCUGCCACAGGCAGGACCACCUCCCCAUUUAAUACUAGACCAGGUUGCACAGGGCCCCAUCCAUUCUGGCCUUGAACACCUCCAGGGACGGGGCAUCCACAACCUCUCUGGGCAGCCUGUUCCAGAUGACAGUGUGGCUUGUGUGUCACCCUCAGGCAGGGACACCCAGGAGCUUGCUGCCAAAACGCCCUUCUUUCCCAUCUUGUUCUUAACCAGAAAAGUAGUGAUUUGAGGCAACCUGACAUUUGUGGUUUCACCCCUCGACAAUGUUGUCCUGAAAGCCCACGUGGCCACAAAUGCUUUGGCCUUUUUGGAUCGGCUUUAUGCUUCUUCUCCCAAGCAGCUCUCUAUGCUGACAUCUCAGUGAGUGAUGAGCCAAGUGUACACGCAAUGCUCUGAGCAACCAACAGGGAUCGUCCCAUGGGGUCCCUCCAGGUUGGCUGCUCUCCUUCCCUUUCUUCUUUCUUUCCUUCCUCUUUCUCUUGAGAGCUGGCUCAGACGAUGCAAUUACAGCAUCAAAACCUGAGCGAGCAAAUAAAAGGGGUUUGUCUGAAGUUGGCAGCGGCCUGAAAUUCCUUCAGCCAGUAAGGCUGGGCUGGCCCCUACCCAUGCUGCAGCCAGCAGUAAUGCCUCCCCAACCCCACCAGGUCCCUGCACCUCUGCGGUGUCUCCUGGGCUCUUUCCAUGAUGGUGAAUUCCGUGGAACUGGGACAGCCCUGGCUCCUGUGCUGCUUCUGCUGCUGCCUGAGCCGUUUUCCCCCACUGCUAAUCCCCUCCCUGUUCUGUACACCAAGUGUUUGUGGAACUGGGCCAUGCUGUGGCUGUGGCUGCAGUAGGGAAACCUGAGAGCAUCCCAUGGCUCGGAGCCACCUGGCCCUUUGCUGGCCCCUAGCCAUGCUCCUGUGCCAGCCCUGCCUGUGCCACUGCGUCACCAGGCUGGUGGGGACUGAGGGGCUGGAGCCCAUCCAUAGGGCAGCAGCUGCAAAUCCGGGUCUCCACUCCCUGCAAGGCAGUGGGGUUGGUGUCCCCUGUGCCACUUAAAAAUUAAAGGAGCUGAUAUCGCUAUGUGCCUGGAAUCGGUCACUGCCACAGAGCAUAAUUGAGGUUAUUUGUUGCCUCUGAAAUGUUUGGUCAGCUCUGCACGGGUGCCUCCUUGAGGGGAUGCAUGAGGAUAAUGCUCAGCUCCGGACACGUAGAGUGUUCUGGGAAUCUGGGGAGCCUCACUAAUAUGGCCACCAGGUGCACAUUCCCCAGCACCUCCUGUCUGCCCAGGGCACUCCAUGAUACCAAAGGCUAUUGCAGGGCUGGGGACAAAGGAAAGGGUCCCAUCCUGCUGUCACCCAGGGAUGUGCACUGAAGGAGCAGUCAAACCUCCACCAAACCCAAAGCCCUGUAGGGUACAUGCAAGGUUGGUGCUUCUUUGUCACCCCAAAUGUUUUGGCUGCUCUGGUUGUGCACUCACAGAUCAAGCUCUGGAAUCAGUUGCUUUCUGCCACAGAUCUGUGGUUUCUUGAGCCCAAAUCCACAGUGCAUGCAACCCCUGCUGCUGGGUUUUUCCACAGCCUCUUGCACGACGGCACAUUCUGAUCCACAGGACGCUCCAGGACCAGGGUGGUGACUGCCCAGGGGUGACACGAGGGUGUCCCACUGCCCUAAUGGACACUCUCAGUGCUCGUCCCACCCUCGCGUCCUGGUGCUGCUAGCGGCUUGUUCAGGCGCACGCAUCCUGAGCAGCCACCGAAC